AUGGCUGGCUCAAUUGAAGAAAGUGUACACGAGAAUCCUCAUACUCGAUCCUUUACAGGGUGCGCCACUUGUCGAAGCCGACAUGUCAAAUGCGACGAAGGACAACCAGAAUGUUCAAUGUGCCAAUAUUUUGGGCUCACAUGCGGCGGAUACAAGAAAGAUAUCUUCUUCGACUUUGAAACUUCGCCGGGGAACCAUGGAGUUCGCUUCCGCCGACCGUUGCUCACUGUGAAAGAGAGAGAACGCAUGAGUCAAUGGCUUGUGUCAAAUGCUCCCCCAAAGAAGACCUUGCAAAUAUUAUCACACAUUGAUGACCAAUGUGAAAGAGCGACUUUAACCGAUAAGAUUGAAAUUCACCAAGGCCCCUUUGGGGCUUUCAGACUGAGCCCAGCUCAACCCGAGCUUCCUGACGAGCCAGCCUUGGGCGACAUUCAAGAAAUAGAUUCAAGUUCUCCCGAGGACGUGAUUGGGAACAGUGAUUCAUACGAGAUCCAGUCACAUGUACCGCUUUCACCUUGGUCCCAAGGAAUGAUGCAAUUGAUGUUUGAUCAACCAGAGAAUGUUCCGAGUCCACCAUCACCUGGAUUUUUGGACGCAAUGAUAAAUUCAAUCGGCGUGGGAACUGAGAUGUCUUCUCAAGAAUGUUUGCCUACGUUUGUGCCAGAUCACUACUACAAUAAUGCCGUAUCACCCACUUCACUCACAUCCUCUAUGGACGCCACCAGGGCCGUGCCUCAAGAUGCCGUCUUCCUACUCAAACACUAUGCGUCCGCUGUAAUCAGCUUGAUGACACCAUUUCGACAUUCAAAGACUCCUUGGCACGUUCUUUUUAUUCCUCACACCAAGACCUGCCUAGCAGCUCUCGCCCUGGGGGAUGAUAUGACUGAUGCGAGUCUCUGUAUAUUCUACGGAACUUUGGCAAUAAGCGCUUUCAGCCUUGGCGGAGUGUCCAAAUCCCAAACAUGGAGCGAGAAAGCCGUUAUAUUUACCCAGCAAGCGCAGCACCACGCAAGAUCAAUGCUGAUGACUGCGUACGACAUUCCGAAAGUAGCCAAGUACAAGUCAAUAUUGAUGGCACUUCUCACAAUGGUCCAGGUGACGAUGUUCUCUGGAAACCGAAGCCAGUCCGAAUUCUACUUUUUAGAAGCCGAAAAGUUUAUCAGGCUAAGAGGUCUUAAACGCAAAAAGUCCCGCAAGGUCAGAUUGCUACACCACUGUUAUGUUUUCGAACGGAUAAUCCAUGAGAGCGUUUUCAUCUGCGGUGCAAACUCGGGACAGCGACAUCAUGUCCGCACGGCCGUUGAAUCAAGUGGACUAGGAAGAUACAGUCUUGACAGUCUAUCCUUCCGGCUUUCCGGAUGGAAGAAUCUACACCAAGAAAUGAUGAGAGUGCGUGGACAGGAAGAAGGGGAGAACGAUUUGCAUCUUGAGAGACCCGGUUUCUGGUCAAAUACACUCUACCCUGAGAUCUUCGGGAUUCCUGAAUCCUGGGUCUUUCUACUAUCCCAGAUUAUCCGCCUUGGAAAGGAGAAGGACGCCGCCGAAGGAGACGACGAAACCAAAUGUCUUAGCUUGAAAGAUUUUAUUGGACGGGCAAAGACCCUCGAGGAAUACAUCAACAACCUACAACCACCAAGCCUUGAAAUUACACAUUCCCAACUCGACCGAGACAUUAUACAAAGUAUGCUUGACGCCAUGAAGAACGCUUUGGCAAUAUACUUCUAUCGCCGAAUUCAUGACGUUGAUGCCGCUAUGUUGCAGCAAAAGGUUGUGGCUGUUUUGGAGUGUCUAUUGCGCUGCGAGAACACUGAUUCAACUGUGGUCCACGGCUCUGCAGGAUUUAUAUGGCCUGCAUUUAUUGCAGCUUGUGAAGCUGAAGACCCUUCUAUACAAUCUGCAUUCGCGGAUUGGUUUGAUAACUCGGCAUGUAGGAGCGGUUUAUCCUGCUUCAGGCAGACAUUAGCGGAUAUCCAAAAAAUCUGGCAGGAGAAGUGCUGUGCCGGAAAGAGUGUGACUUGGUUAGAUCUCAUGAAGAGAACUAUGCCGUUACAGCAGCAUUUAUAA